UCAAUCAGGGUAGAACCUUUCAUUCACUCAUCACUCUCUCUUACUCCCUCUUUUGUUCUUUCUUCAUUCUCAUAAGAUCCUUUUCUCCUGCUUAUAGAGCACUUACUUUGUAAUAAUGUCUAAGGAGGUGUCGUUGUUUUUGGGAUUGGUUAUGGGGUUUGUGUUUGUUGGAGUGGCUUUUGCUGCUGCCACUGCCAAGUUUGAAGAACUCUUCCAACCAAGUUGGGCUUUAGACCAUUUCAUUCAUGAAGGAGACCUUCUCAAACUCAAGCUUGAUAACUAUUCCGGUGCUGGGUUUGUAUCCAAAAGCAAGUAUAUGUUUGGGAAAGUUACCGUUCAACUUAAACUUGUUGAAGGUGAUUCUGCCGGAACAGUUACUGCUUUCUAUAUGUCAUCGGAGGGUCCAAAUCACAACGAGUUUGAUUUUGAGUUCCUGGGGAACACCACAGGGGAACCUUACUCUGUUCAAACAAAUGUGUAUGUGAAUGGAGUGGGAAAUAGAGAGCAAAGGCUAAACCUUUGGUUUGACCCUACUAAAGACUUUCAUUCUUACUCUUUCUUUUGGAACCAACGUCAAGUUAUAUUUCUAGUGGAUGAAACACCAAUAAGGGUGCACACAAACAUGGAACACAGGGGUAUUCCAUUUCCAAAGGAUCAAGCAAUGGGUGUAUAUAGCUCAAUUUGGAACGCUGAUGAUUGGGCCACACAAGGUGGAAGAGUGAAAACUAAUUGGAGCCAUGCACCUUUCAUUGCAACAUAUAAGGCCUUUGAGAUCAGUGCUUGUGAGUGUCCAAUAGUGUCAUCAACAUCAGUGGAAAAUUUGAAGAGGUGUAGUAGUAAUGAGAAGAAGUAUUGGUGGGAUGAGCCUAAUUUGGGUGUGUUAAGUUUGCAUCAAAGUCACCAACUUAUGUGGGUUAGGGCCAAACACAUGGUUUAUGAUUAUUGUGCUGAUACUGCUAGGUUCCCUGUUAUGCCUGCUGAGUGUGUUCAUCAUAGUCACCACAAAUUAGUGCUAAAAAAUUAGUAAAAGGGUAUUUUGGGAAAUUUGCUCUUCUGGGUAAUUUAUGAUGAAAUGAAGUAGUAGGAACAAGUUGCCCCUCAUGUUUCAUAUUGUAAUAUAUAUUGCAACAGCAUAAUGUAUGUGAAUUACUAUUUA